AUGACUCCCGCCGACGACACCACCGCUAUCCCCAAUGGCCAUGGCCACGACGAGGACAAGACUUCUGAGUCCUCCACGAGAGUUCCAGACAACGUACAGGACGUGGAAAAGUCAGAUGGAGGAGCGGCAAAGGGGGUCGAGACGCCCGAUCAAGAGCCCAAGAGGACCGUUACAGGCCUGAAGUGGUUCAUUAUCUACACGUCCCUCAUGUCUACCGUUCUACUCUUUGCCUUGGACAACACUAUUGUCGCCACAAUCCAGCCUGAUAUCGUUGAGGCCUUUAACGAUCAGCAAGAUCUGGCAUGGAUCGGUGUCAGCUUUAUUCUUGGUCAGGUCGUCAUUCUACCUGUUGGCAAGGCCUAUGGAAUUUUCAACAUGAAGUGGCUGUUCCUGAUCAGUCUUAUCCUGUUCGAGGGUGGAAGCGCAAUCUGCGGUGCGGCGCCUAACAUGGCUGCCAUCAUCAUCGGUCGCGCCAUCGCUGGUGUUGGCGGCGCAGGUGUAUACGUUGGAGGCUUGACCUACAUCAGCGUUUUGACUACUCCACACGAGCGUCCGCUUUACCUUGCCAUUCUCAUGUCCGUAUGGGGGUUCGGUAACGUCCUGGGUCCCAUCAUUGGUGGCUCCUUUGCCGUCAGCUCUGCUACUUGGCGAUGGGGAUUUUACAUCAAUCUUCCCAUUGCUGGCCUGUUCGCCCCGGCUUUCAUGUUUUUGAUGCCCAAUCUGAACGCCAUGCCCGACACGCCCUUCAUGAAGAAACUCCGCAUGCAGGAUUGGGUGGGCAUUACCGUCUUCACCGCACUCAUGGCCUGUUUCUGUAUGGCUGGCAGUUUUGGAGGCACCCUUUACGCCUGGGACAGCGGUUCCGAGAUUGCUCUCUGGGUUGUGACGUUCGUCCUCUUCAUCGCCUUUAUUCUCGUCACCAUAUAUCAUCCACUGGUACCCGCCGAAGCUAGGCUCCUGCCGGUGCAGUUCAUGGUCACAAGGGAUCUCAUCAUCAUACCUUUACAGGCCUUCCUGGUGGCGGGUAGCAUGAUGAUGAGCAUUUACUACACUCCUCUGGUGUUCCAGUUUACCAGGGGAGACAGCCCCUUGAUGGCUGGCGUGCGCAUCCUGCCUUUGAUCUGUAUGAUAGUCUUCGGCUGCCUAUUUAACGGCUUUGCUAUGCCAAAAUUUGGCUACUACCUGCCUUGGUAUGUCGUCGGCAAUGCUUUGCUGGUGGCUGGUGCUGCACUGAUGACAACGAUUGACUCUUCAAUAUCUAACUCGGCUCUCUACGGAUAUACGGUUAUUAUUGGGCUAGGAGUCGGCGCCUUCCAAAGCGCCGGAAUUGGUGUUGCAUCAGCGCUCGCUCCGGCGUCCGAGAUCAGCAAUGUCGUUUCUGUCAUGACCAUUGCACAAAUCAUCGGCAUUACUUUUGCCCUCGCAAUUCCAGGAUCGAUUUUCCAGAACAAGGCCAUGCAGUACAUCGCUGCGGCCUUGCCUGACAUUCCACAUGAACAUCUUGCCGAGUUGAUCACAGGAGCAAGUGGGAAAUUCUAUAAAAGUCUGAGCAAGUCUGAUCAGCUAUUGGUCGUUGACCAAAUAACUGCAGCAAUCAGUGAAGCUUUCUACUAUCUUGUCGGCGCCACAGCGAUUGGUUUCAUCACCUCAUUCUUCCUGAGCCCCAAGAAACUCUUCCUUUCCGGUGGCAGCGUGGCUUAG